CACGGCUUUAGAACAAACAUGGCGGAAUUUUUGAGCCAUUAGCCUGAGAGCCUCUUUUCCUUCUCAAAUUUGGUUAUCAUUCAACUGUUUGGCAAAAAUCAGUGAUGCUUAGACAAAGCUUCUUUCGGCUAAGGAGUCCUGAGACAUACCUCAAAGUAGCUUGGCCAGGAAAUUUAAAAUUAGCGACUAAUUACGAGGUAAACCUGUCUUAUGUAAUCGUUGGGAGCAACUUCAGAAUACCCCGCAACUCAUGUACAUGUCAUUGAAUAAGAAUAGCGUCUAAUCCUCGAUCUUCAAAGCCUCCCGAAUUAUGGCUUUAUUCUGAAUUUGAAUAUCGUUAUUAUCGGAUAAAAUUUAUUACGGCGCCAUCGAUCAGACAUGCAAACUUUUCCUCGUUGAGUUUUUGAUGUGCCAAAUACAUUUUAACUGGAUAAAUGACCUGCUAGUACACUGACAACAAAUUUUUAUUUAUGGUGUCGAUCUCACCAAGAAUUUAAAUUUCUUCAUGUUUAGGUGAAGCCAGUAAACAAUUCAUUUCAUAAAAGAACAUUAAUAUCCUCUUCAAGAAAUGCAUUGACACGUGCUGAACCAAAAGGAGCUCAAAAACCAACUGAAGAUGUUUUCAAGCGAUCAUCAAAGAGGGGUCCUGUAACAUGGGCUUCACUUGCUCUUUGUGCACUUGCUGGCGGGGGGCUGCUGCUCUAUGUUCGUCAUCUCAAAGAGGAGAAGGAACAAAGUAAGAAAAUUAGUUACACCAUUAGCUAAUUUUCCAUUAUGCUUGUCAGAAGUAUAGCUGAUGGUGGGAGUGAGAAUAAUCCCCCAUCUUUGGGAAAAAAACAAGAAAAGAAAAAAAAUCUCACAGCUGGAAAGCUCACCCUACAAGGAAAUACAAAAAUGUCAGCCUUUUUGCUGCACAUGGGGUCCCUAUGUUUUUUCUAAGUCUAAAGCCACCACACUGGGUAGAAUAUAAAAGGUAAACCUUUAGAGAAACCUUGGGGUAAACUUUGAUGGAUUAGAACCAUUUAAAGGAAGAGUUGGAAUAUUUAUGGUAAUUUAAUGACUAUAAUGACAGGAGUAAGAUCUGAAUGCAAAGCAAGUCAGUAAAAGGGAACUCAAGGAGAGCUUUUACAUGGUUCAUAUAUUGUCCCUGCAUGCAAAACCUGUCUAUUACAAGGUCAAAAGAUUCUGAUCAGUGAAAGUGUCAUUCUUUCAGGAUAAAGAGAAAGUACCUUUCAGCUCAGUCAAUGAAGAAAUAAGAAUAUGUUUCUGUUAACUUUGAGUUAAAGCUAAACUGAAACCUUGAUUUAUUUAAAUGUAGUGAAAGAGAAGCAGCAGAAGAGAUCCAUGGGGAAAGUUGCACUUGGUGGACCCUUCAGUCUCAUAGAUCAUAACGGACAAGCUGUUACAGACAAGGAUUUUCAUGGCAAAUGGAUAUUGCUCUACUUUGGUUUCACUCACUGUCCUGACAUUUGCCCUGAUGAAUUAGAAAAAAUGGGAAAAGCAAUUGACCUUGUUGGUAAGCUGAACUGAAGCAUGAUCACUGUUAACCUUUCACCCUCCAUGAGUGACCAAGAGAGAAUUUCUCCUUGUGAUAUCAAUACAAUAUCAAGCAUAGAAGUGACAAGAAUGAAGUAAAAUAUCAAUUAAUGAAUUAUUAGGUGAUCCAAUACCAAUUCUCCAAACUAACAUCAUGAGAAUUGUAUGGGAGAUAGUAAGGAGAAUUACUUAUGAGAUCUUGGAAGUUAAGGGGGUUAACAAUGUACAUGUAUAUGUGCCAGACAUCAUUUUAAUUUAGUGGCAUCUUGUGAUCAUGUUACUCAUUCCAUUUCUCUCCAAAGCAGUGCAUUUAUCAGCACAUAAGCAUGCUUUGCUGUUUACUAUAAAGAUUCCUCAUACCAACUCAAAUUAAUUAGUUUCCCUUUUCAUUUAAAACUGGAAAGGUCUUUUUUUUAAAUCAAGAAAGACAUCUCUUGGUCCUUAACCCUUUAACUCCCAAGUUCCAAUUAGCAAUUCUCCACUCUUAACACAGUGACUAUACAAUUUCUUGUAAAUUAGAGGGGAGAUAUUUUAGCGUACACCAUGAUGACAUCCUCUGGCUGUUAAGCUUCUCUAUUCCCAUAACCUAUUUGCAAGAUAACAUUCUGGAAUCACAGGGGAAAGUUAAAUGUUGAUCAAAUCUGGGAAUGAAAGGGUUAAACAGUAUUUGUGUAUUUGAACAUAAAAUUAUAGUACUUUGGCAAAUUCUAGAACUGAAGUAACUUGAUUAACCCUUUAAGUCCCAUGAGUGACCAAGACAGACUUUCUCCUUACAAUAUCAACACAGAAUCAAGUAGACUAGUGAGGAGAAUAAAGAAGAAAACUCAAUUAAGGGACUACAAGUUGAUGUAAUACCAAAUUCUCCAAAUUGAAAUCAUAAGUAUUUUAUGGCAGAUAGUAGGGAGAAUUGCUAAUGAGAUCUUGGGAGUAAAAGGGUUAAGAGUGUGUAGUUUCAGAUUACAAAAUUAGUUAUUAUUAUUAUUAUUGUAACUGUUUAUAUUUCUUCAUUGUGUCUUUGGAUGUUUAUAGAUGAGAGCAAAGAUGCACUUGGUGCAGAGCUUCAACCCCUGUUCAUAACAGUUGAUCCAUCUCGGGAUGAUGUCAAGGCUGUGAAGCAGUAUGUCCAAGGUGGGUCUGAUUAUACAUUUUAUGGCAAUUCCUUAAAAAAGUUUUUUUUAAAUUCCGUUUAAGAUACCCACUGCUUUUUCCCUUAUUAAGUACAUGUUCCUCCUGUUAUAGAGUUUCAUCCACGUCUCCUUGGUCUCACGGGAUCACCUGAACAAGUCCAACAGGUUUGCAAGGCUUACAGGGUAUACUUCAGUGCAGGACCAGCAGAUGAAGACAAUGACUACAUUGUAUGUGAGCCAUGUAAUGGAAAAAGUACUAAAAACACAAACUUUGAGUAGAAUUCUGCAAUGUCCUCAGCUGCCCUUUGACCCCUUAGAGUGACCAGAAUCUAAUUUCUCCUCACAAUAUCACCCCUGAAUCAAACAUACAAGUCACAAGAAUAAAGGAAAUGAUCUUCAACAAAGGAAGCUCUUGAUUGUUAGGAGAAUUCUCCUUGUUAGCACUGUAGGAAAUGUAUGAGAACAGUAUGGAGAAUAUGCACACUGAUGAUGGGGUGUAAGGGGUAACAGAAUUAGAUGGUUAACCCUUUAACUCCCACGAUCUGAUUGUUAAUAUAUUCUCUCCUCUAGCUGCUACACAUUUCUUUGUUAAUUAGUUACAGGAAUUUGGUGUUAGAUCAACACAACAACUUCUACCUGAUACUUUUGAGUACUCUCAUUACCUGUUUGGUGGAUAGUGGAUGUUGUAGGGAGAAGUUACAUGUGAAUCACUUCUGGGAGUUAAAGGGUUAAGAUGUAGUACAGGUUGAUUACAAUUUGUGAAUUUUUUUCUAGGUUGAUCACACCAUUAUUCAGUACCUUGUGGAUCCUUCAGGAAACUUUGCAGAGUAUUUUGGACAAAAUAAGACAGCAGAGGACAUUGCUGCGGGGAUUGUAAAACACAUGAUGUCAAACAAAUUCAAGCAAAAGAAAUAAUUUUGCACAAAAAUUUGUUCACAUGAAGUACAUUGAGUCAGGAUGAUCUGCAGGCACCACUGAAAUUGACCCAGGCAAAAAUUCAUCAAAAAGGCGGUCUAAAAACAUUUUUGUUAAAUUAAUCUGUCAAUCAUUUUAUUUACUUGUUUCUUAUCUAACUUCAUGCUGUGCUGCUGAUGUUUUUAGCCAGGUCAUUACACUAACAAUAUUGCAGUUGAAUCCUGUCAAUAUGAACAUUAAACUUAAAAUCAAGUCGUUGUUUAAGAUUUGGUAGAAAUUAUAAUAGAUGCUGUGGCUUAGUGGCUAGAAUGGUGGACUGCAAAUCUAAAGUUCCAGGUUCAGACCUUGGCCUGGAUCACUAUGCAGUGUUCUUAAGGAAGACAUUAAACUCUAAGUGUGUCUCUCAAUCCAGAGAGUGAGACAUUUUCAAGUGAGUGUCAAAAUUAACCAAGGAUUGCUUUUGCUUUACUUACCUCUGUGAUUGGUUCAGAAAAGCUUUACUACCCUCUUGUCCAAUCAGAAACAAACCUAACACCAAUCAUGAAUAAAGGGGGUAACUUUCCAUGUGGUGGUGCAUCAGUGGAAGAGUGUAACAAGAAAUUUUGGUAUGAUCAACUUAGUUGAUGAUGCAAAUUGGCCUCCGUUAAGAGUUUCAAAGCUGGCAUUUUGAGGGUUAGCCCUUCAUGAGAGAGAAUGAUGUAGGGCUAACGCUCAAAACAUCAGCUUCAAAACUCUUUACAGAGGCCAAUUUAAAUUAUCAACUCUGUUGAUAACACUGACACCAAUCAUGACUUGGUCACUCAUAUUUUCUUAUUUUUCUUAACAGAAACAAAACUAGCACCAAUCAUGACUUGGUCAGUCAAAAUUUCUUAUGCAUCAGGCAGUUAGCUUGCUUUUACUUAAAGCACAGUUAGACUGUUAGGUAAUUAUUUCCUUCCUUCUAAUUGGCCACAGUGAUUACUUCCAAUCAGUUUUGUUUUAGAGCAGUUUUCAGUUGAUUGUCGUGAAACCAAAACCAAGUAAUAACAACAGCCAAUCAUAACAUUCUGCCUUGCAUCAUCAUUUGUCGUUAAGGAUUUAAACUAAUAACAGCAAAUUACUAAAAGCACAGGAAAAUGCAGGUGACCAAGUCACAAUUGGUUUUUGCUAGGUGUCUGAUUGGUGUAGUGCAUGGCGCAAGUUUUCUAGACCAAACACAGAAGGAGGUAAAGCAAAAUCAAAGGAAUUGCACAUUACUUUUGACAUUCAAUCGAGAAUCACCAGCUUCUUUAAAAAAGUAGUAACAAACAUUCAAGGAAAUUCUUACUAUGAAUUGGUGGUUGGUUAUCUGCAAUAGACUGUAAGCAUCCUGGUGGCUUCCUUCUUUUGAAACUAGAAUAAGCUUCAACAGUAAUAUAAUGGUGAAUAAGUGCCUAAGUAUCGACAUGUGACAGAAUGCCAGCUUGAUUGAUAAAAUUUAUAAAAGUAUGAUCUUAAGGGAGAAAAUCAGACAUUCCCUGUAACCUGUUUAUUUAUUAAUUGAUGUAAUAAAACACUGUGAACUGAG